AUGGCUCCAACAAUCGUUCUCAUCACUGGAGCCAAUCGCGGUAUUGGUAAAGGCAUUUUGGAGCUUUACCUUAAAAAGCCAAAUCACACUGUCAUCGCUGCCACCCGUGAUCCAGGCCAUCCUACCUCUCAGGCUCUCGUUGAUCUCCACAGAGCUGAUGGAACUGAGCUCCAUAUCGUCAAAAUCGAGGCGACAUCGGCCACCGAUCCUGCAGACGCUGUAAAGGAGCUUUCCGAUAAAGGUAUCAGCCACAUUGAUACCCUCAUUGCCAAUGCAGGAAUGUGUGCUUUGUGGCCACGAGUCUUAGAAGUCAAGGUCGAGGAUAUUCAAAGCCACGUUGAUGUCAAUAUCUACGGCUUCAUCUAUCUCUAUCAGGCUUUCCGCACCCUUCUUAGAGAGGCUAAGGAGCCUAAGUGGGUGACUAUCGGAUCAUCCGCUGGCUUUUUAACGAUUGAUAGCAACUUCGUUCCUCUGCGGAAUGCGGCUUAUGCUCCUACCAAGUUGGUACAGCACUGGUAUACCAAGGCCAUAUCUGUGGAGGAUGAAUGGUUGAAUGCUUUCCCGAUUGACCCAGGUUGGGUUCAGACAGAUAUCGGUAACCGUGGAGCGGUUGAUUUUGGAACUGACAAGGCCACUCUGACAGUCGAACAGAGUGCCGGAGGCGUUGUCAAAGUUGUUGAUGUUGCUACGCGAGAGAGUCAUAGUGGGAAGUUGUUCAAAUACACCGGCGAGGAGGAGCCUUGGUAG